GAAGACGCGAGUGAGGAGUCGGGAUUUGGUCGAGAUCAGGACGUAUUUGUGCAGAAUGUCAUCAGAUGAAGAGAAAUACUCACUUCCAGUUGUGCAAAAUGAGUCUGAUCGAGGCAGUUCUGUCUCUUCAGAUCUUCAGGAAGAGUAUGAAGAACUACUUCGUUACGCGAUAGUGACUCCAAAUAUUGAAUCAAGUGCUUCACAGUCAUCUCAUCCUGAGGGAGAAGUGGCGGCAGAUGUUAGAAUUCCUACUGCAAUUGAUGGUAUUCUUCAUAGUCAAGGAGAUAACCCUUUAUUAAGAGAAACUGCAAUGGAAGUUGGAAAAGGAUGUGAUUUCAAUAUUUCAAGUCAUUCAAAGACAGAUGGGUCAUCACCAGUGUUAUCACCAAGGAAGCCUUCUCACCCAGUCAUGGAUUUUUUCAGUUCACAUCUUUUAGUUGACUCUUCCUCAGCAGCAACUAAUUCUAGUCAUACAGAUGGCCAUGAAGUAAUUGUGAGUGAUUUUCUUGUUUCUGAUGAAAACCUUCAGAAGAUGGAAAAUGUACUUGAUCUUUGGAGCUCGGGUCUUAAGACAAAUAUCAUAUCUGAACUAAGUAAAUGGAAACUUAAUUUUAUUGACUGGCACCGAAUGGAAAUGAAAAAAGAGAAAGAAAAACAUGCAGCACAUUCAAAACAACUGUGCAACCAGAUCAACGAAUUGAAGGAGCUGCAAAAAGCCUUUGAAAUCUCCAUUGGGAGAAAAGAUGAGGUGAUUUCUAGCUUGUCUCAUGCCAUAGGCAAGCAGAAGGAAAAGACAGAGUUGAUGAGAACAUUCUUCCACUGGCGAAUUGGCCAUGUCAAAUCCAGGCAGGACGUUUAUGAAGGUAAACUAGCUGACCAGUACUUCCAAAGAACAUUAUUAAAGAAAGUCUGGAAAGGCUGGCGCUCCAUAGUACAAAAGCAGUGGAAAGAUGUGGUGGAACGAGCUUGUCAAGCAAGAGCUGAAGAAGUUUGUGUCCAGAUUUCCAACGAUUAUGAAACCAAAGUUGCUAUGUUAACUGGAGCUUUGGAAAAUGCAAAAGCUGAAAUUCAAAGAAUGCAACAUGAAAAAGAGCACUUCGAAGAUUCCAUGAAAAAAGCUUUCAUGAGGGGUGUAUGUGCAUUAAAUCUUGAAGCCAUGACCAUAUUUCAAAACAGAAAUGAUACAGGGAUAGACUCCAUAAAUAAUAAAAAGGAAGAAUAUGGUCCUGGUGUACAAGGAAAAGAACAUCCUGUUCAUUUGGAUCCUUCAGCUUCCCAGAUACCCGUACCAGUUGCAUCUCCGCUGCUGCCAUCCCCACCUGCAGUGGCCAGUGCGACCACCGUUCCCUCUGCCACUUCCAUGACUUCUGCCGGGGCUGCUUCCACGUCUUCUGUUCACGUUCCCGUUUCUCUUCUUGGUGCAGGAUCAGCAGCUACUGCUGCACCAGAAGAAAUGUACGUGCCAAGAGUUGUAACUUCUGCACAACAGAAAGCUGGAAGAACAAUUACAGCCCGGAUCACAGGGAGAUGUGAUUUUGCUUCAAAAAAUAGAAUUAGUAGCAGUUUAGCUAUAAUGGGAGUUUCUCCUCCCAUGAGCUCAGUCGUUGUGGAAAAACAUCAUCCAGUCACAAUGCAAACCAUUCCUCAAGCAACUGCGGCAAAAUAUCCCCGGACCAUUCAUCCUGAAAGUAGUACCUCAGCUUCCAGGUCACUUGGAACCAGAUCAACUCACACUCAGUCUCUCACAAGCGUUCAUUCCAUAAAAGUGGUUGACUAAAGUGAAUGUGUUCAUGCUGAGGUCUUCUAAUUCCUCCUGUUUUACCAAGAGUUAGAAGUCUUUAGUUUUUAACAUUUCCAUAUUCUUAGAACAUUAUGGAUACAUCAAGUUAAUCUGUUCAAAAUUACAAGAGACUUUUUCAAGCUCUACCAU